AUGGAUGAGAUCCCUAAGCCUUCUGAUGCCAAGGAGAGGAGCCUAUCAUAUAGGCCCGGCAAGACAACCAUGUCAGAGCUCUUGCUUGUUCCGCCCCCCUCGUCUUGUUGGGGAGCCUUUCCUCUAAUUUUCCUCACCAACUUUAACGAGUUUUUUACGGAUGCCUAUGCUAAGGUACAGGGCCAGAACUACAAGUUAUUCUCCGUUCGAUCUCAUACUCCCAUUUACAAGUCUUGUUCUUUCUUGAGCAGUGAAUCUCCGCAGUUGCAAAAUCAGACAAGCAAGGCAUGCAGCAAAUCCGCGACUCCUAACAGUGAUAAUGGCCAACAUUUUGGAAAAAACAAGAACAUGGUCUCUAUCGCAAUUGGGGAGCCAGUCGUUGAUUACUGGUUUGACCAGUUUGUCGAUGAUGAGCUACACGGACACAUACCACAAAUCUAUUCUCGCUUUCAGUACCAGUACCCUUUUAAUCAAGUUGUCGGCUGA